AAUGAGUCAGUUCAUCAUCAUCAUCAUGCUAAUGUUGCAGUCUCUUACCACCACUUAAAGAAAAUAAAAAAGACAACUUUCAACCUGUUUCCUUCAUUUAGUUUCAAUCUCUCUCUCUGAGUACAACUCAGAAUUCAGAUUAAAAAAAAGAGGAAUGAAGCAAUCGUCAUGGGGUUGUACAAUCUUCAUACAGUUAUCUCUCUGUCUCAUCGUCUAUGUGUCUCUGCAUUUGGGUGACCCAUUCUUCUCUAGUAACGACGUUGACAAUGCCACACCUCUAGAUCUUUAUUUCAUCUCCGUCGCUGGUGGAGGUUUCAGGCCUCUUCACCGCCAAACUCACCUUCUCCGAUUGAUGGAGAAAGCUGCAGAAACUUACAAGGCAAAAUUUGUGGUGAGCUCAAGUGAACAUGGAGAAGAUGACCCACUCCUGCAACAUGCUACUCGAGUGUCUUCUUCAUUGAAACUUCCAUGGUACACUAGAAAGAAAGGAUCUGGAUAUUCCAGAGAGCGCAUCGCAAUGCCUUUUAAUGGAUCCUUGGAUGUUGUUUUCGUAGACAUUGGCUCACUACAGCAGGAAGUACUCGGUGGAACAUUGAAUGGCUCGACGAUCAGUCAAUUGAAAGGGCUAACAAGGAUUCUCAAAGCAGCAGAUGGAGACUGGCGUAUUGUUGUUGGAUCAGACUCGGUACUCACUCUAAGGAAGGAGGCCAAGGAAUUUGCAAGGACAUUUCAUCAAAUCAUGACCAAAUAUGGAGUGAACUUAUAUAUAAGCGAAAAAGGCUGCACCAGCGAGAGCUUGACUUGCAUUACGGUUCCUAAUCAAUCAGAGAACCGAGGUCUAACUUCUGAUAGUAAUAAGAGAGAAAUUGAAGAUGGGUUUCUUCUUCACAGAGUUAGCUUCUCAGAGUUUGUUACUUACACUAUCAACUCAUCAGGACAAGUCAUUGACACAAGAUUAGUUAAGCAGCAAGGCAAAGACACCAUGUAAAGGUUUCUUUACCUUUUUGUUUUGUGUACUCCAAUUGUUGUACAAUCAAUUUAGUAUUCUUCCGUGAAUGACCGUUAUACCCUUUUACCUGUCCGAGUAUAGCUGAAACAUCGGAGGGUGAUAUUGGAAAUUGGGCACUAUAUAUUUCCCCAGAAAGGAGUGAAUUUUUUUUA